AUGUUCAGUUCACUGAAGAACAUCGAACCUAAGAAAUGGUUCACGAGGGACUAUUGGUACCUCGAUACCCCACCUGCCUCUUACGCUACUCGAGAUGGAUGGUCCAAUGCGGAUGUAGACGUUGUGCCAGUCGAUCAGAGAAAUUGGAGAGCGAUUCAUUACCUGUUCUUAUGGCUGUCUGAUGGUGCCAACGUCGGUACUAUGCAACAAGCUGGAUCCAUCGUUGCUAUGGGUCUCAGUUGGCGUGAGGCCUCUGCUGCUAUUGCCAUCGGUAACAUCAUCAUCGCUGCUGCUGUAGCAUUGAACGGUACAAUCGGAUCAAGACAUCACAUCCCAUUCUCCAUCGCUUCAAGAGCAUCAUUGGGUUUCUAUUUCUCUUACUUUGCUGUGGUAUCUCGUCUGGUUCUAGGACUUAUCUACUUCGGUAUCAACACUUUCAUCGGUGCCUCAUGUACUCUCAUCUGCCUCGAAGCCAUCUGGCCACAGCUCAAAACCUACCCCAACACCAUCCCUGCAUCUCAGGGCGUGACCAGUAACAAGAUGAUCGCUUACUUCGUUUUCUGGACCAUCCAAUUCCCUCUUGUCAUGAUCCACCCCAGAAAGAUGAGAUGGCUCUUCUUUGUCAAAUCCAUUGUUGCCAUCAUUGCUGCCUUUGCCACCCUCGGUUGGGCAGUUAACACAGCUGGUGGAUCUGGUCCAGUUUUCUCCAAGCAUAGUACUUUGACUGGAUCCACUAGGUCUUGGGCUUGGGUUGCGGGUAUCAACGUUGCUAUCUCCGGUAAAACCACCUUGGCCAUCAACAUUCCGGAUCUUACUCGAUACGCCAACAAGACAUCCGCAUCAUAUUGGCAACUCCUCUUCAUCCCCAUCGUAUAUUUCACUUUCUCUUUUAUUGGUAUCGUGAUUGCUUCAGCCGGUCAAGCGAUCUACGGUACUCUCUACUGGGAUCCCACAAUGAUCAUCGCUCAGUGGACUUCCCGAGCUGGUGCAUUCUUCGUUGCAUUCGCUUUCGCACUCGCUACGCUCGGUACCAACAUUUCCACCAAUUCCAUUGCCGCUUCUAACGAUUUUGCAUUCAUCGCUCCGAAAUGGCUCAACAUCCAACGAGGAGCAUUCAUCACUGCCAUCAUUGGUGGAUGGGCAACAUGUCCUUGGAAGAUUCAACAAUCCGCCAAAGCAUUGACAACAUUCUUAUCUGGAUAUAUCAUCGUCUUGGCUCCUAUCGUAGCUAUCAUGAUAUCGGAUUACUGGAUAGUACGAAAAACCAAGUUCCACGUACCGAUGUUAUACCAAAAUGAAGGUAUAUACAAAUAUCAAUAUGGUACUAAUUGGAGAGCAUUGGUCACUCUGCUCAUUGCUGUACCAAUCAAUCUACCUGGUUUGGUCAAUGCCAUCAAUUCUAAAGUUGACAUUGGCAAUUACUCGUUCUUCUACAAAGCAUCAUGGCUCACUUCUACAGCUAUGGGAGCAUCGAUCUACCUCUUACUCUCUUUCAUCUUCCCUCCUACUUCCACAUUAGUCGACAAAACUGUCGAAUCGAUGGAUGAAGAUUUCGCUUUGGCUGAUUCACAAGCCUGGGAGACUGAACAGGAUAAAGAAAAGAGAAGUUCGGGUGGUGGUGAAUUACCUGGAUCUUCCAGUUACCCAAUAGUGGAUAGAGUAUAA